AUGAAGGCUUUUAUCAACCGCUUCAUCUCCAAAGAGAGGGACAGAGACAAGGAUGGCUGCAAGGAGAAGAUACCCCACCUCCCGCCGCUCAUAGAAUGGCCUCCGCAGCGCGCGACUUCCACCCCCAGCUCCGUAGGUUCCUCCAAACCCCUCCCAGAUCUGUCCGUGCGUCCAUUGCCUCCGAUAGAGGAACCAUCGUCGACCGACUCGUCCUCUACACCAACGCCGAUCGCACCAAAUACACCGUUACCUUCCGCAGGACCGUCGCAAGAUGUAGCUCCUGAUUCAAGCAAGGAGCCAUCUGGUACCCCACUACCACGCUCAGAACACGACUCUGCAGGCCGUAGUUCACGCAAGACCACUAAUGCAAGCAUGAGCACGGCGACAGGCAACAGCACAGAUAUCCAGAAGAAAGUUGCAUUCCUCUCUCCACCCCCCACUCCUGGUCCCACGUCUGACCGCUCCCUUCCUGACGUGGAGGCGUCCACGUCCUCUGCUUCAGCUACUGCUCCAAUGAAGAGCACCGUGUCGCGUUUUCAAGCAAAUCAUGUCAAGGAGACACGAGGUUCAACAUCUACGGCUGCGUCCUCCAGGACCGAUGUUACUUCUACCCUAAAGGCGAACAAGCAAGCUUCGUUUGCACGUGCGACAACGUCUCCGUAUCCUCAAAAGAACCUCGGAGAUGGUGCGUCUAUUCACCAGUCGUUGCGUUCUGGGACGCCAUACUCUCAAAUGUCCAACACGAGCAGUAGAAUUCUUUCUGCAUCAUCGUGGAGCGAAGUCGCCGAGGAGGAUCUCGUGUCUAAUAUUGGGCAACGGGAACGUACACGACAAGAAGUACUCUGGGAGAUUGUAGCAAGCGAAGAGCGAUAUGUUACGGAACUGCUCAAGAUGAAAGAAACAUUCAUAGAACCGCUGCUUCAUCCUUAUUCUGCUCCCAUGCCCGUACUGUCACCGACUCCACUGGAUUACGAAGAUUAUUCCCAUUCAGAUACCCCCCGAGAAUCCCUAGAAAACCUUCCAAUCGCUUCGCGCUUUCUUUCACCUGUAGGAUUCCUGUCAGAUUCACCUGCGCCAUCGACGCCGAAGGACGAUGGUCACCCUAAUAUCGAUGGAGAGUCGAUGAACUCAGCAGAAGAGGACGAGGCCGAUGAUCGUAUGGGUGCAGCGUAUCACUCGUCUCGUCAAAUGAGCACAGCAGCAAAGCAUAGCCAUCCCCGUUCGCCGUACGGUACUUCAGCUAUGCGAUCGGGGGCUGGUAAGUUCGGAACAGCGGUACCAUUCCCUUCGCGUUCACAUCAGUCCUUACCUCCGCCCGUUCGGCCUAAUCCUCUGGCGUCAUCCACGCAAUCGCUGGGCAGACAGUCUUUCAUGACCGAGCGUGGGGGUGACGCCUCAAAGUCGACCACCACAGGAGGGUCGAACGUCCUACGGAAAUUCAAGAGGAGCAACGCAGCAGCUGCUGUAGUUAACCAUGCAGUACCUUCAGCGCAGCUUCCGGAGGACUUGCGGAUAUGCCUAGAAGUUAUUGAGGGUGGGAUUCUAGACGGGAAUUUGCGGCUUAGUGAUGGUUUGCGGAAGAGGUAUGACGAACAAUAUCCUCUUGUGCGCUCACUAGCGGACGUGUUUGUGUCUAAUUCUCAUAUCCUGCAUGGGUAUGCCACGUACGUCCUCCACUUGGAGCGGGCACUGGAGCAGGUAGACAAUGCCUUGUCUAACGCAAGCGCUAGUAAAAAGCCAAAAAAACAAGACGCUGACCAGUGGAUGAAAAUCUGUCAGGCGCUGCAGAGGCUAGAGGUGAUUGCUUCAGAGAAGGGCGAGACUGGUCUCGCAAUUUCGUUGUCGAAGCCCUUUCAGCGAUUACUCAAGUACCCGCUUCUCUUCCAAAACCUGUUGUUCCACACCGACCCCAGCACUUUCGAGUACGAGAGCACUCUGCAGAUGGUAGCGGAGGUAGAGACGAUCGUGAGGAGUAUCGAGGACGAGAAGAUCCAGAAGGAGGAGCGAGAUAAGACGAGAGAUGUCUUUGCUCGGAUUGAAGGAUUGGACAAAGUCAAACAGCUCAUGGUUCCGAAACCAUCGAGAGUGCUGUUGGAAGAACGGCCUGUCGUUGGCAUCAAUCCUCUCACUGACCCCACAGCUAAGCCAUCAGGUCCGCCCCCCGUUUCUCAGAACCCCAAGGCAGUUCGCGGUAAGACUUCGUUCAAACGGUUGAGCGACGUUCUGCAAUCGGGAAACAAUGGGAUUGGCGGAAAAAAAGACCUUUGGCUGGUAGUAUUCAACGACGUCGUGCUAAGAUGUCAGCGCACAGGCACGACAUCGUUGCCAUUGGUUGCGGCGACAAAUUCGCGCACCAACUCACUACCAGAGUUGCAGGGCAAGGCCAAAUACGCGACAACUGGUCGGCGGAGCGCGCAUACCAAACCUCGAAACAUGUACAAGUUCAUCAAGAUCGAGACAUGGGCUAUCGGAGAGGUAGUGCAGCCUCGAGAGGGAGUUGUGUCGAUGGAAGAUGUCGUUCGCUCACGACAACAGGUCCAUUCUGGUGUGCCACAGCCCAGGAUAGUCCCACUGCCAGACGAUGACGAGGAAGGCGGUGAAUCAGACGACUCGGACAGGAAGAGCAAGAUGAGCUUUUCUUAUUGGGGAGCAGACAAGGUUACUCUGCAGAAGCCUCUCGUCAAAGCAAGAGUACCGUCUGGGAAUGGAACUCGGCGAGGAGCAGGUGUUACUGCGACUUCGUACGGCCGAGAAUCGUCCGCGAAUGCCAAGUUUGGUACUCGAUUAGUCUCUGGAGAAUCUCCUAACACCGCUCGUCCUGCUAGUCGUCGUACACAAGCUACUCCAGUGAACCGGCGACAACCCCAUUCUGACGAAAACCAUUCCGUUAAGGCCACCGUCACUCGGGAGAGACCAGCUUGGGAUGGUAGCACGCGCUCGCCUAUCUCCACCACUCCGGUCCCCAAGCGCGCUCGCAACACUUCACAAACAAGUGCAGCGACUCGUACGAAUGUGCCUAACAAGCUGUCUUCCCCAGCACCAUCUGAGGAUUCCGGUGUUGGUUUCUACCGUCAAAUUGUCGCCCAAAACCCUUCGCUCAAUCGCCUGAAUCCCUAG